GUUAGUGAGAGAGAGAGAGAUGGGGAGGAGGAUACUGAACGACGCGUUGAGGACGAUCGUGAAUGCGGAGAAGCGAGGGAAAGCUUCUGUGGAGUUGAAGCCUGUCUCUACCGUUAUGUCUUCCUUCCUCCGAAUCAUGAAGGAGAAAGGUUACAUCAAGAACUAUCAAGUCCAUGAUCCGCACAGAGUUGGGAAAAUCACUGUUGAUCUACAAGGAAGGGUUAAUGAUUGCAAAGCUCUCACUUACAGGCAAGACGUCAAGGCUAAAGAGAUUGGGCAGUACACAGAACGCACUCUUCCAACCCGCCAGUGGGGUUAUGUUGUGGUUACCACUCCUGAUGGCAUUUUGGACCAUGAAGAUGCUAUCAAGAGGAAUGUUGGUGGUCAGGUCCUAGGUUUCUUCUAUUAAAAGAGAUCGUAAUCAUUUGUCUGGCUUACUUGUUUGUUUCUUGCACUUGUACUUUGAGCAAAAUGGCAAAAAUAUAAAACAAAACUUUAAUCUGUUGUGAUAAUGUUUCCAUUGUUCUAUAAUAUCUUUAGCUUUCUGUU